AUGGAGAUCUGGUUUUGGAUUCUCGGCUGGGUUCUUUCAUUUCUGGCUAUCAUUGGAAAUGGAUUUACAAUCUUCCUCGUUUGCUGCAGACGAAAUCUCCGAACCAAAACCAACGCGUUUAUUGUUUCACUUGCCGUGGCGGAUUUCUGUGUCGGUUUGAGUGUUAUUCCUUCUCUGUUUUUAUGCGACUUUACAAACACCUGCCACUGGCCUCAACAUUGGCUGUCUUGGGUAAAUUUUGUAAGGUGGUUGUUUAGUUACACGUCUGUUGUAAACUUAUGCGUAAAAACUUGUACUGGAUCGUAAAAACUUGUACUGGAUCGUUUUAUUGCCAUCGUCCAUCCUCUAAAAUACAUUAUUUUUAUGACUCGCCGUCACAUCAUCCAAGUUAUUUUCCUCUCGUGGACUACAACAGCUGGUUUUGAGGUGCUUCAGUUUUCACUUCGUGUUACUUUAAAAACGAGACUUGUUGAUGCUAUUUUUUGCUGGCUGGAUGUAAUUUUUCUCGAGUUUCUCCCAUCUACGCUGAUGGUAUUCAGUUUUGUUUCAAUAAUAGUUCGUGUACGCAAGCAUUAUGGGUCAGCACGCACUUUAUCGAAACAGCUACGAUAUAAUCAUCGCUGUGUGUCUCUUAAAACCUAUCACGGCGAGAAGUCUGUUGUAAUAAUGAUGGGUAUUGUGAUCGGAGUGUUUGUUAUUACCUACGGAAUGUAUUUGCACUGUAGUUUUCUAAUACUAUUCGACACUACUGGAAUGGCAUCAUGCAACGAUGUAAAAUACAAAUUUCCUGUCUUGGUUUUAAAUCCGGCAAUAAACCCCCUGGCUUAUGCUUUUUUCAAAAGAGAUGUAAAGAAAGAGUUUAGAAGACUUAUCUCUAUAAAUAUGUUUUUAAAAAAAGGCAACCAAGUUAAGCCUUCCACGUACGUGCUGGACACUAGGAGGCAUCUUAGUAGCUCGCUCGUAUAGAAAAGUAUUUACAGUUGAAAUUUGCUGCAUGCUUAGAGCUGGCAAAUCUAUGGCUCGUCUUUUUUGACUCCAUCUGAACUGAAAUUUGGAAAUAUUGGUAUUUGAGGAAGCAGCAAGACCCAUAGGACCCUGAGAAUACUCUUCUUAGAGAAAGCUUGAAAGGACACGAAAUACACCUAACGUGUAAGCCACGCUUAGUUUGAGAUUCAAUCCCAGUGUUCAUCAUAUUAAGUGGUAGGAUACGAACGUUUUAUGGCAGAAAAUGAACAAACAAACAAAUAAACAAAAUGGCAAAAGAGACGGAGAAUCGCGAAAUGUGUCAUAACGUGUCUGGGAACUUACUUAAACACCCUUUCUGGUUUUUGCCAUUAGCUUUUGAGGAUGUUAAUACUUAUCGGGAAACCGUGCAAUAAAAGUUCACCAUGUUUUCAGUUAGAAAGAUUACUUCUUUUGUCUUGUGUUCACAAUGGGUGUUUAAAAUUUUGUUUUUGCCAAAUUAGAAACAAAAUGGAUCGUGGUGAGCGAUGUAAAACAUAGUUUUUGUCCUCCCUUCAUUGACGUUAACAUGCCUUAAGCAGCAUUACGAAAUCCAUAGAAUGGAUUACAGUGGAACCUCCAUAUCACGAAGGGCCAAAGGACAGGCAACAUGUGUUCGCUAUGCUGAUGACGUUUCGUUACCGCGAGGGUAAUCCACUGUACUAGAUGAUCGAAAAGGCGAUGAAAGAUAACUAAAUGAAAAUAGUUAUGUACAAAAUAAAUCAUUUUCUAUUCCUGAAAGGAUCUUACGAGAUUAACUGGUCUGAAGAAAGAAGGAGAAACACACGUCAACUUGCGUGAGGUUAGCCGAUUUAAAAACUAGAUCCUUUCACAUUGGCAACCUGAAAGAAGUGAUAUUUUUUCCCUUAUUAUACAAAUCCCCAUAUUGGAACGUUACGUAACAUUGCCCAUGGUCAAAUUUCGAGCAGGGCCACUUUCUUUCAGAAGACCCUAUUUUCUAGCUACCUGUGAUUCAACUCAAAAAAAAAUUAAUAAUGACUGCCCUUCGGGAGCCUUUUGAAAUAUUAUGAUUGUUAUGACAGUUGUCAUUAAUAUGACAGUUGCGUUGUUCAUUGGUCAAGAGAUAAAGAGGACCAGUAUAAAAUCGUUAUGAAUUACUCUGAUCGAAGUAAAAUGAUUUUUUUCAAGGGGAAAAAAUAAUGCAUGUUUCAUUAUAGUUUUAAUCAAAAUUUGUCAACUUCUAAUAUCCUAAACUAAAUAAGAACUAAACGAACGAAAAGAGUUUCUUUUCUUAGUCUGUAUAAAUCGUGACACAAAAUUGACUGUUGGCUGGUUGCUCNGAAUGAAUAUCAAUAGGAAUUAACCUUGACCGAAUCAAACAAAGGGAAGAUACAGCGGAACCCACCAAGGGGACAUGCCAUAAUGUCCGUUAACUAACCGAUUGUCCUUAAGCGGGCUGUCAGAAAAAAAAGCCAGUUACGGUCACAUGUUAAUUGUAACUAUAUAAAGACAUUUUAGCGAGAAAACGUUCGAUUUAAUUUCUUAACUGGAUCGAUCUUCAAAAAGUUAAGUUCAUCCUAAAGAAAUCUCCCGAUCAUCCAUGACAGCGCUUGACUUAGAAUAUAAUUACUUUUUAAGUUGACUUAAGGUGUUUUGAUACAGUUUUUCAGAGGCCAUACCGAUAUUUUUCAAUCGUCUAAAAAGUGGUUUUUUCCUUGUCCGAUCGCUACAAAAUUUUCACCUGUAAUUUGCUAUGGAUUGAAAUAAGAUGAAAAUAUAGUUUUUAUUAAAAUCGAUAUACCAUGACAACCAUAAACAAAAAACUUUGAAAUUGAUAAAAGCCGAAUUUUGUGUGAUGUAGUAGAUUCCUAGAAUUUACCAACUGAAUACAUUUUGUAUACUAUUUUCGUUGUUUGAAAUGUAUUCCUUAUCAUUAAACUACUUAUAAUUAUAAGCAGUUAUAUUUCUUCUUGAUGCAAAUUGAUUGUCACGGCUCUGCACAAUACAAAUUAUCAUGACAUUCAUGAGCACCGUUAGUAAAAAUGAAAACGAUUAGUACCGCCUGGGCGGGGGAGUGAUACUCCCUAUAGUGGCCUAUACGGGGGGAUAUUCCGCCCAAGGGGGGUACCUUUUCAGGCUUUAGUAGGUAAAUAUAUGAAAGGUCAAGGGUUUCAUUAGUUUAAGUAUAGGAAAAACUUUGGAAAUCUGUCCUUUUGGUCCGUAAUAGAACCAAAAAAAGGACAAACAUAUAUUUUUUGGAUGUGAAAGAGACAAGAAAACUUCCUAGUUCCGUGAUUGAUUUAUAUUCAAAAGAAGGUGCAAAUACAGCAAUUAACGUCUAAACUAGGUAUAUGAGAGGAUUACUAUCUGUCAGUAGAAGGAAUACAAAAGGGGUAACUGGUAUAUAAAAGGGUAGGGGGGAUUGGACAUCGCGCACAGCCUCCCUGUAUAAAACUUCGUUGAGUGCCCUCCCCCCUCGGGAUAGUAAAAAAUAAAUGCCACCUGAUAUUUAUGCAAGGUGUUGUUUAUAAUCUAUAGUCAAUAAGAACUUCCUUUAACAGUUAAGAUGGAGAUCUGGUUUUGGAUUCUCGGCUGGGUUCUUUCAUUUCUGGCUAUCAUUGGAAAUGGAUUUACAAUCUUCCUCGUUUGCUGCAGACGAAAUCUCCGAACCAAAACCAACGCGUUUAUUGUUUCACUUGCCGUGGCGGAUUUCUGUGUCGGUUUGAGUGUUAUUCCUUCUCUGUUUUUAUGCGACUUUACAAACACCUGCCACUGGCCUCAACAUUGGCUGUCUUGGGUAAAUUUUGUAAGGUGGUUGUUUAGUUACACGUCUGUUGUAAACUUAUGCGUAAAAACUUGUACUGGAUCGUAAAAACUUGUACUGGAUCGUUUUAUUGCCAUCGUCCAUCCUCUAAAAUACAUUAUUUUUAUGACUCGCCGUCACAUCAUCCAAGUUAUUUUCCUCUCGUGGACUACAACAGCUGGUUUUGAGGUGCUUCAGUUUUCACUUCGUGUUACUUUAAAAACGAGACUUGUUGAUGCUAUUUUUUGCUGGCUGGAUGUAAUUUUUCUCGAGUUUCUCCCAUCUACGCUGAUGGUAUUCAGUUUUGUUUCAAUAAUAGUUCGUGUACGCAAGCAUUAUGGGUCAGCACGCACUUUAUCGAAACAGCUACGAUAUAAUCAUCGCUGUGUGUCUCUUAAAACCUAUCACGGCGAGAAGUCUGUUGUAAUAAUGAUGGGUAUUGUGAUCGGAGUGUUUGUUAUUACCUACGGAAUGUAUUUGCACUGUAGUUUUCUAAUACUAUUCGACACUACUGGAAUGGCAUCAUGCAACGAUGUAAAAUACAAAUUUCCUGUCUUGGUUUUAAAUCCGGCAAUAAACCCCCUGGCUUAUGCUUUUUUCAAAAGAGAUGUAAAGAAAGAGUUUAGAAGACUUAUCUCUAUAAAUAUGUUUUUAAAAAAAGGCAACCAAGUUAAGCCUUCCACGUACGUGCUGGACACUAGGAGGCAUCUUAGUAGCUCGCUCGUAUAGAAAAGUAUUUACAGUUGAAAUUUGCUGCAUGCUUAGAGCUGGCAAAUCUAUGGCUCGUCUUUUUUGACUCCAUCUGAACUGAAAUUUGGAAAUAUUGGUAUUUGAGGAAGCAGCAAGACCCAUAGGACCCUGAGAAUACUCUUCUUAGAGAAAGCUUGAAAGGACACGAAAUACACCUAACGUGUAAGCCACGCUUAGUUUGAGAUUCAAUCCCAGUGUUCAUCAUAUUAAGUGGUAGGAUACGAACGUUUUAUGGCAGAAAAUGAACAAACAAACAAAUAAACAAAAUGGCAAAAGAGACGGAGAAUCGCGAAAUGUGUCAUAACGUGUCUGGGAACUUACUUAAACACCCUUUCUGGUUUUUGCCAUUAGCUUUUGAGGAUGUUAAUACUUAUCGGGAAACCGUGCAAUAAAAGUUCACCAUGUUUUCAGUUAGAAAGAUUACUUCUUUUGUCUUGUGUUCACAAUGGGUGUUUAAAAUUUUGUUUUUGCCAAAUUAGAAACAAAAUGGAUCGUGGUGAGCGAUGUAAAACAUAGUUUUUGUCCUCCCUUCAUUGACGUUAACAUGCCUUAAGCAGCAUUACGAAAUCCAUAGAAUGGAUUACAGUGGAACCUCCAUAUCACGAAGGGCCAAAGGACAGGCAACAUGUGUUCGCUAUGCUGAUGACGUUUCGUUACCGCGAGGGUAAUCCACUGUACUAGAUGAUCGAAAAGGCGAUGAAAGAUAACUAAAUGAAAAUAGUUAUGUACAAAAUAAAUCAUUUUCUAUUCCUGAAAGGAUCUUACGAGAUUAACUGGUCUGAAGAAAGAAGGAGAAACACACGUCAACUUGCGUGAGGUUAGCCGAUUUAAAAACUAG